AUGCCCGACGAGCUAGCACCGCCCCGCAAGAGCGUCGAGCUCGAGGACCCUGGUGCGAAGGAGCUGGCCGAGUCCAGUGACGAGCACUUCUCCGAUGCUUCAGAAGGCCAGGCUAGGCGGUCUACCAUUUCUUCGCCCAUUCCCAUUACACGCGUCGAGCGAGUAGACGACGAGCCUGCACACGGCGAGGUGCCGGGAACAGAGGCGUACAACAAACGCACCCAGGACGCAGUACCGGACGAAGUGGAAAUCGUGCCUGAUGGCAUGCGCAGUCGUAGUGCCUCGCGUGUCAGUGUAAGCGACCGGCCUCUGACGCCUGGAGGAACGCCAAUCCCCAAGACGAUCGUCGAGAAGAUCGACCCCGAUAAGCCCAGCUACGGCGAUGUCCCCGGUACGCUCGCGCAUCAGCAGCGUCUCGCAGAUGCUACGCCUGAUGUCAUUGUCAAAGCACCCGAGCCUCCUCAGCAAAACACCCCAGAAGGGUCACCAACCUCGCAUCACAGGUCUCCCGUAAAUUCGAGUGAUGAAGCCGCCGAAGCCGUACCUGAAGCCGACGACAAGUUUGAACAGCAAGACGACGACUUUGGCAACGACGCGGCAGCAGAUGGCGAUGACGAUGGGUUUGGCGAUUUCGAUGACUUCGAAGAGGGCGAGGCGGGCGACGACGAUUUUGGGGACUUUGACGAUGGGUUUCAGCAAGGCGAAAACGAGGCAGAGACUACAUUUGUUAAGCCCCCAGAUCAACCUCCUGUACCUGCCCCUUCACCAGGUCCUCCUGUCUUGGACUUUGGCCGCCUUACCUCACUUGAAGACAUGGUCACAGCAACACAGCCAUAUUUAGAUGAGAUAUACCCGUCCCAAAAGGACAUUCCCAGCAUAUCUACAGAUGUCGAGGCUACAAGAUCCAUCUUUCUCUCUGAACGAAGCCAUUCGUUAUGGACACAAUUAGUCGCCCCACCACCAUUGCAGCCGCCUGAUUGGGUCCGUUCGCGCAUACGGCGGUUGUUUCUAGUCUCGCUGGGUGUACCCGUCGAUCUGGACGAGAUUCUCCCCGCUUCCAAGCAAAAGAAGCUCAUUCUACCCUCGAUACAUAUUCCCGGUGACCGCUCUCCGCGCCCUUCGUCAGAUGGUCGUAAUGGAGGUCCGCUCGGACGCGUCAAGCGAGAAAAUGAAUCCUCGACAUCAGUCGACUCGUCAACGUCGAAAUCAAAACGCAAAGGUCCUCCGCCGCCUCCGGAACUGGACAUUACCAGCACAAUGCAACUGUGCGCGACGACAGACGCAGCACUGGAGGGCUUUACGGACGAAGAGCUGAGGAUGCACAUUGACCAUUUGAAAGCGCUGCAAGAGAGGGCUAAGGAGGUGUUUGUGUACUGGCAGACGAGGAUGGAAAGUGCGCUCGGGGACAAGGACGCGUUCGAGCAGGUUAUCGAGAGCCUGGUAGCCCAUGCCAAGAAGCUCAGGUAGUGGCAAGGAGGUUGUAUUGGGUUUGUUUCAAUUGCAACACAGACUUGGGAGCACUAGGUAGGUAGUCUCGAGGACUGUGGUACAAAAUAUAAUCACAUGCCAAUGCCUGGCCAAUCGG